ACAUAAGCCCAGUGGCUGCUGGGCUAGUCCAGCCCUGGCCAACCUUCUCAGAAGUCAGCCUGUCUCCCAGCCAGACCCCUUCAGCUUCCUCUGCCUGAGGACUGUGACUUCCUUGUUACAUCACACUCACAAUCACAGUCACAAUUGGGCUGAAAGCAGAGCCUGGCCAAGCUGCCAGGCGCUCAGGGACAGCCUGCCUGCUCAGUCCAGGUGGCUUCACAUGGCCACAGGUGCACAAUGAAGUACCCUCUGGUGCCACUGGUGAACGACCUCACGCUCUCUUUCCUGGUGUUCUGGCUCUGCCUGCCCAUGAGUUUGCUGCUGUUCUUGACGAUCCUCUGGUUACGAUUCUUACUCAGUCAAGAGUCAAAGGAAGAUUAUUCAGAUUUAUGUUUCAACUGGGAGCCCUGGAGCAAAGGAGCUGCUGAGUCUGGCCAUGAGGAGACAUGCUGUGACUAUGAGGACAGGCACCACUGGUAUCAUCUGGGCCCACGUGGACGACGGGAAGAGAACACUGGAGACCAAGGAACCUUUCUGGGACCUCCGGUAGUCAGACCUCCCAAGCCUCUUGCCGAAUCAUCUGUCCUCCGUCAACACAGAUGACCGGAAGUCUUUCAGAGAAGAGUCAGGCCCAGGGAGUUUAUAGGGGACAGCUGGCCAACUCAAAUCCCAGGAGGUGCGGGGUCCCUAUUAAAGAAAUGAGGUUCCGCUGUGC